AAAUAAAAAUUACUAUAUACUAAACUGAUCUGGAGGAAAAAAGAAAGUUAAAUUAAUCCUACAUACGGUAUAUUACAGGAUAAUGUAAUUGCCGAUGGGGGGCUAGAUUAAAGAAUAUAUGUGGCCCACUCCUGGGCUAACCCAUUUCCGCGCCACCGCCCCAAAAUUAAUUUCUGUAGUGGAUGAUGUGAGUCCUUCUUCAAAGGAAGUACUGUACUAGCCUGUGGUGCUUAUGUUGGAUCUAUCGCCUCAUCGUUCUUUUCUGAUACUGAAUCAUCAUAAGUUGGUCAUUCUUUUCCAUGACAUGCUUCAAAAUUGGCACACAAACCUCUGUGCACUCUUAGCUCUACCAAGCAUCCUAAUAUAUUGCCCAUCCAAAAAAAAAAAUAUACGGGAUAACCAGCGUUGAAGCUCAUAUUGACCAAAUGGAUGAAGGACCCACAUUUCUAAAGUUUGACUGAACUGCUUCAGUGGGCGGCCAUUGACAGGAUGCGUCCGUCUUGCCGGUCAGAAGUCAAGCCUCAGUAUGUUCACCAUUUGGCCCCAAGGUCCCUGCCCGAAAUCACCUUCACGACUCCGCAACAAAAAGAUCUCAAACAGAGGUGUGUUAAGUGUAGUGCGGUUGCUGUGAUCUGCUUGCUGCUCCUCUUGCUGCUGGCGGGCAUCCUCUUGGCUUAUUACUAUUCCUCCACCUGCGUGCAUGGAACACCUUGCGGUGGUCAUACAGGCUGUGUGUGGGAGUCCCAAUGGUGUGAUGGAGUGGUGGACUGUCCAGCGGGGCAGGAUGAAGCUCAUUGUGUAAGGCUUCAUGGUACCAGUUUCCUGCUUCAGAUCUUCUCAACUCAGACCAAACAAUGGAGGACCGUUUGUUCUCACGGCUGGACAGCCCAGCUGGGCCAAGCAAGCUGCCGGGACAUCGGAUACAGCGGGAGCACAAGUGUUACCUCUGGCCUACAUGAGGCAAGCUCUGAUGACGCGUUCUUGAUGGUGAAAUCCAACCUAAACCCUCAUGUACCUGUAGUGCAACAGCUCGCUCUCAGCAAUUACUGCCCAAACAACACUGUAGUGACACUGCGAUGUACAGAUUGUACAGGAGGAGUAAACUCCAGUAGGGCUUCUCGGGGCCAGCAAGCCUCCCUCGGCGCGUGGCCAUGGCAGGUGAGCCUCCAGCUUGCGGGCUCCCACCGGUGUGGAGGUGCUAUCAUUUCCCCCAACUGGAUUGUCACAGCGGCCCAUUGUGCCCACAUGACAUCCAAUCCUGGAGACUGGUCAGUGUAUGCGGGGCUGGUGGAACCUUUGGGCAUUCACUUCAACCCCGCUCACGCUGUGGGCCAUGUCGUUGCUCAUGAACGCUUUGACAGAGUUACUUACAGGAAUGACAUUGCUCUGAUGAGGCUCAGCAAACCUCUGGACUUCGCAGCCUCCAGUAACAUUGGUCCCGUGUGCCUCCCAAAUGUUGGGCUAAACAUCUCGGCCCCACUAAAUGUCUGGACAACAGGAUAUGCUGUUUCAGUCAAUGGAGACUCUCCAUACCUGGUUGAGGCUCAGGUCUCCCUCGUGGAUGUUGCGGGAUGCAACAGCUCCACGGCUUACAAGGGACUGAUAUCGAAGGAAAUGCUGUGUUCCAAAGGGGCGCAGACUGGAUCGGACGCAUGCAAAACCGACAGCGGCGGACCUCUGGUUUGGCAGAGGGAUGGCUCAUGGUGGCUUGUUGGGGAAAACAUUUGGCCAGAAAGUUGUAUCGACCUGAACAAACCAGGUGUUUAUAACAACAUCACCUAUUUUUUGGACUGGAUAUACCAUCAGAUGAAGAAAAAUCAAGUUGACUGAAGACAUGGCCACUGGUCAAAGACGAUCACGGUGGGUUUAAAUAUUUUUAGCACCAUUGCUAACAUACAUCAACCUAUUUCCAUAAUUCGUCAUUCUUUGUACUUGUGUUUCAUAUGGAAUUAUUCAUGAAGUUGAUGGUUUGCCCUAUUUUCCCAAGAUGACAAUUUAGCAUGGCGGGCACAGCCAUAAUCUAAAUCUGAUCAAGCUGUUUUCUAAAAACUUUAGACAUGAAUAGGUGGUAUGCCAAAUGUAGUACAUUAGAAAAAUAUAAAUGCUCAUUGGUAGAGCUCACGCCAGUACAUUUGAUCAAUCACAGGCAGCCAGUCUUCACGUGAAUGGGGAUGAUUAAUUCAUCCCAAACAGUGAAGGUAUAAUCAAACCUUCAAUGUUACCAGAAGUUCUUUAUUUGCAGCAAUUUUAGUAACGACAAAAACACUGAACAAUUUAAAUAUGUCUUCAAGAAUCAGUUGUGGCUUUAGCUUUCCUCACGAAUCAGUUGCUUGCAAUCGCCAUCAUUUCCACUCGAUGGCAUACGGAUACCACAUUUAGGUUU